AUGGCGGCUCCGCGGUCACCAUGGCAACCGCGCCCCACUUCCGGGUUCCUUCCUCCCAGGCGGCUGUGCGCGAGGGGCAGCGACCAAUCAGAGAGAGCGCCGGGCGCCGCCCGCAGCAUGGUGGGAGUUGUAGUUCUUCCGCAGCGCGCCGCGCAUGGGGGUGAAGGCGGAGGGUGCCCGUUCAGGACUACAACCCCAGCAGGCCCCCCGGCGGCGCGGCGGGGCCCGGGGCUGAGGGAGCGGCGGGGCCGGGCCGCGACCCCCCCCGAGGGACCCGCGGGCCGGGCCCCCCCCCCCCGGGCCAUGGCGGGGAGCGGCGGGGCCGGGGCGGCCCCCCGGGAGCACCGCCUGCAGCCCGGGGACACCCUGCAGGGGCUGGCGCUGCGCUACGGGGUCACGAUGGAGCAGAUCCAACGUGCCAACCGCCUCUACACGUCGGACACCAUCUUCCUGAAGCCCACCCUGCUCAUCCCGGCGGGAUCCCAGUCCCAGCCCCUCCAGGGGGACAAGCCCCAGGACAUUCCCGACCCCCCGGAGCCCCCGGUCCCAUCCCGGCACGACCUGUCGGCCACGGAAUUCCUGCGGCACCUGGACACCGAGAUCGGCCGCUCCAAGGCGGCCGCGGCGCAGCAGAUCCGGCACCGGCGCUCCGGCCCCGGGGAUUCCGGAGCAUCCCAGAGGAUCCCAGAGGGUCCCUCAUCCCCCCGGGAAGGGCCCCGGCUGGGCCCACGACCCCUCACCAGGACCCCCCGGGCGGCCGCGCUGCGGGACACAGAGGACGAGAUCUUCACCUUGUGACACUGGGAACGCUGGGAAUGGGACAGAGCUGCUCCUGGUGACACUGGGAACGCUGGGAAUGGGACAGAGCUGCUCCUG